AUGACCGAAGGAGAAGGCAGAGCUUGUGCUCUGCAGGAAGCUAGUAAGACAAGGGUCACUGUAGGGCAUGGUAGUGUUGGCGAGGCUCAGGAGGCCGAGCAGCUGGGCAAACAGUUAGGCAAGAUGAGGGAGGAGACCAGGGAAGCGGGUGCGCUGGGGCAAGCACCGUUGGGUCACGCAAAGAAAACAAGCUCUGGGCGUGAGCCUGGUGUUGGUGGGCAAGCUGGCUGUGUACGCAAGAGAGUGGUUGCGUUGUCUGGGCACACAGGAGGAGCUGUUGCGCUGACUGGGCAUGCAGGAAAGGCUGCUGCGCUAGGUGAGCAUGCCGAGGCGUUGGGCAUGGCACAAUUAGCCAUGGGGGUUACUUGGCGUAGUCAGACCUUAUUUGCACCAGGUGUUAAGCAUUGGAGAGUUGCGGCAACGAGGCGGCAGUGA